AUGGGAGAAUUAAGGGGUAGGGUGCUGGUGUCAAGCUGUAAUGAGGCUGCCACCUUAUUGAGUCCAAGGUGCAGUCUCUUAAAGAGGGCUUGUCUCAAGUCUCAUCCACAUUCAACUUCUCAUCAGAAGCAAUGCAGAGAUCUUGAACUUUGCUUCAAUGUGGCUCUCAAUACACUUCCAACAACACCUGGUCCUUUCCUUCAAGGCCAACCUUCUCUCUCAAAUGCUCUCAUUGCAGCACUGAAGAGAGCUCAAGCACACCAGAGGAGGGGUUGCAUAGAACAGCAGCAACAACAACCUCUCCUUGCCAUUAAGGUAGCACUAGAGCAGCUCAUUAUAUCCAUUUUAGAUGACCCUAGUGUUAGUAGGGUAAUGAGAGAAGCUGGAUUCUCCAGUACAACUGUGAAGAACAACCUAGAGGACGUUUCAGCUUGUUCUGUUUUUCAAUGCUAUAGCAGCUCUAGUGGGAUUCUCUCUUCUACUUGUUCUCCUCCUAUUGAAACUCAUAGAGAGAUUAGCAACCACAGGAGUUUCUGGCAGACCCAUUUGUUGAACUGCUAUUUUGAGCAAAACCCACUUCUCUUUUCUACUCCAAAGAAGCCUUUAAGUUCCAUCUUCACUGAUGCAGCCAGUGAAAAGGAGGAUUUCAGGUUGGUUUUGGAGGUUCUGAUGAGGAAGAAAAGAAGGAAUACAGUGAUUGUUGGGGACUCCGUUUCAACUACUAAAGGACUGGUUGCAGAGCUCAUGGGGAAAGUGGAAAGAAGCGAGGUAACUGACGAAUUAAGAUUGGCCCACUUUAUUAAAUUCCGCUUAUCCUCUGUCUCUUUGAGGUUCAUGAAGAGAGAGGAUAUGGAGAUGAAGGUUGACUUGAGAAGGAAGGUGGGUUCUCUUGUAACGGAGGUGGGAGCAAUCAUCUAUGCUGGAGAUCUCAAAUGGGUAGUUAAAGGUGGUGUUGGUGAGAAAGAGGGAGGAUUCUCAGCAGAAGUAUGUAGUUAUAAUGCUACUGAUCAUCUGGUUGCAGAGAUAGGAAGGUUGCUCUCAGACUAUAGCUGCUCAAACAGUAAGGUAUGGUUAAUGGCCAUUGCAAAUUAUCAAACCUACAUGAGGUGCCAGAUGAAGCAACUCUCUCUUGAGACUCAAUGGAAUUUUCAAGCUGUCUCUGUUCCUUCGGGUGGAUUGGGUUUGAGCCUCCAUGCUUCCAACUAA